AUUUUUUUUUCUUCUUUCUAAAUCAUCUUUACAUAUAAAACUAACCAUGUUCCUGUUUCUGUUUGUACAUUCACAAUAUUUCCCUUAAACUAAAUCUUUCACCAAACAAUGUCCUCAGGAGAAAACCUUGAUAAUGGGAACAGGAACUUCCAACGUUACUGGUGUUAUCAAUGCCAUCGCACUGUCAGGAUAUCACCAGAAAACCCGUCGGAGAUCGUCUGUCCUCGAUGUUUCGGCCACUUCCUUAACGAAAUCGAGGUGGCAAACGCUAGACAAAUCUUGGACUUCACUGCAUUUGAUCCUUCCCCAGAAGCUAGAAUUCUUGAAGCCCUAACUCUCAUGAUUGAUCCUAAUUUGUUCAACAGAUCUCAAGGCAAUGCAGACCCCAUUUUCCCACGUUCGGACGGAACUGAAACUAUAGUACCGCCCGAUUCUCUCAGGCGUACACGUGAACGUAAUACAAUCCGAGACUUUUGGUUAAGACCGAGAAGGAGAUACUCAUUUCUAAAUAAUGACGAGGAUGAGUGGACCCCGGAGAGCGGCAUUCUAGCGCGUCCACGUCCGGUGAUUAUCAUCCGACCAUCAGGAGAUAAUUUCCCGGGUGGACCUAACCGCCUGCCACCCGGGGUGAAUGAUAGAGAUUAUUACACAGGUCCAGGCCUUGAAGACCUGAUAGAAGAGUUAACUGAAAAUGAUCGGCCCGGUCCAGCACCGGCACCCGAGCCGACCAUUAAUUCUAUUCCGACGGUGGUGAUUGCUCCGGCACAUUUAAAGGAUGAUUCAGAAUGUCCAGUUUGUAAGGAAAAUUUUAAAGUAGGUGGAGAAGCAAGAGAGUUGCCAUGCAAACAUAUAUAUCAUUCUGAUUGCAUUGUGCCUUGGUUAAGACUUCACAAUUCUUGCCCGGUUUGCCGGAAUCCGUUGCCGGUUUCUUCUGAAGCUGAGUUGGAUAGUUCGGAUGAUUGUCUUGAAGUACAAGAAGAAAGGAUAAAUACACAGAGGCGUUGCAUCAGACUUAGACACAUGGCAGCUUCUCUUUGGCCAUUUCGUUCGAGGUAUCGCCCUGUGCGCAACAAUGAUGAACCAUCCCCGCCAUCAUGUAAUAUUCUUUAGCGAAUAAAGGGGCUAACCUGCACUUGAAACAACAGAAAUAGAGGUGCUACACAAGAAUAUUGGUGCAUUGGUGUACCCGAAUAAAACGGGUGGGACAGGCUGGGAGAAGAAAAGAAGAAAAGAAAAAACGAAGACAGAAAAGAGAUCGAAGAGUCCGAAAAUAUAAACAGAAAUCAUCAUGCAGUUUCUUUGUACAAUAGAGA